ACGCCUCAGCGGCGGCGGCGCGAGCCUCGGCCGUUUGCGGCUCGCUCGCGCCAAGUCUUCUUCGAGGCGGCUUCUCUUCCCCCGUGAGGGAGGCAACGAGCGUGAGGCGACGAAAGCCGGCUUGGCCUGAGGGGGAAGAAGGCGAGGAGGAGGAGCCCCAGCCCGGCUGAGGGAAGCCAAGCGAGCCCGAGUCGGCCGGCCGGUCGCCGCGUUCCCCCCUCUCGGCGACGGCGGCGGCUCUCGGUCCGCUCGCUGGCUGGCCGGCCGGCUGGCUGCCGCCGCCGCACCAUGCCGCGGGUCGUGCCCGACCAGCGCAGCAAGUUCGAGAACGAGGAGUUCUUCAGGAAGCUGAGCCGGGAGUGCGAGAUUAAAUAUACUGGCUUCAGGGAUAGACCACAUGAAGAAAGACAGGCCAGGUUUCAGAAUGCCUGCAGGGAUGGACGGUCUGAGAUUGCUUUUGUGGCCACAGGAACCAAUCUGUCUCUCCAGUUUUUUCCGGCCAGCUGGCAGGGGGAGCAACGGCAGACACCAACACGAGAAUACGUUGACUUUGAAAGAGAGGGAGGCAAGGUCUACUUAAAAGCCCCUAUGAUUCUUAAUGGUGUUUGUGUUAUUUGGAAAGGCUGGAUAGAUCUCCAAAGGCUGGAUGGCAUGGGCUGCUUAGAAUUUGAUGAAGAGCGGGCACAGCAGGAGGAUGCAUUGGCACAGCAGGCUUUUGAAGAAGCUCGGCGAAGAACUCGUGAAUUCGAGGACAGAGACAGAUCUCAUCGAGAAGAAAUGGAGGUGAGAGUUUCACAGCUGCUGUCAGUUACUGGCAAGAAGACAACAAGACCCUAGCCCUGGAUCAAACCUAGGAAGUGGUGAUGACCUGAAACUACGUUAAAAGAAGUGACCCAUGAGCCACAUGUGUUUUUUUAAAACUUGGCAAAUGAUGGAAUUAAAAGACCAGAAACUGUGAUUACUGGGUAUAUACUAAAGUCUAUUCCCUGACCUGCGGCAGCCAAACUAUCAUGUACUGCCAUGGAUUGCACUAUGUUUGUGUUGCAAUACCUGCAUUUCUGUUCUUUAAGCCUGUCGCCAGUGCGAAAUUGAGAUUCUUGUUUUUCUAUGCAAGCUUAUAAUUUUGUUGGCACUAUUUUAGUGAAGAGAGAACUUUAUGCAGCUAUAAAAACAAUUCCUUAACUGUAAUACUCAUUUCAGAAUAGGUCAAAUCAUUGCAGAAUAAAGGUUUUUGUGAAUUUACUAUAAGCCAAAACUUUCUAAACUAAUUUUUAUAUGGGUGUUGGAAGUUUGAUUGUCCUUUGUGUUCUUGCUUUUAGACAUAUGUUCUUUGUAAUUUUGUCUUGGCUGGGGGGGGGGGAGGGGGGCCUUUUUUCCUUUCUAAAUUUGCAACACAUUUUAUUCCUUUGAGUUAUGCAGCCUGAAGCCAGUAACGCAAUGUUGUUGAUUUACUGAAUGAUAUGUUUAUAAUUUUAAAAAUGGCAAUAUCUGUUGAUAAAUUGUCAGCAUUUCAGUUACAUUUCAGAUUGCAAAACAUCAAGAUUUCACUCAGUCAGCACAUUCUGUUAUAGCAUCUCUUCUACAUUUACUAGUUGCAGUUAAUGUGUGCUUCUGUAUAGAUAACCUACUGAAAAUCAUUGCAGCCCAGCUUUGUUUUUAUUCAGGGACUUCUUAAAAAUAGAUCUAAAACGGGAUACUGCAACUUUCAUGAUUAGGCUGACGGUAAAAGUUUAAUAUGUUCAAUACAGAAGUUUAAUAUGUUUAAUACAAACAUGUUGAAAAUAGCUGCUGUAGGUGUAUUAUAUCCUGUUCUUAUUCUCAUGAAAGUAAAAGUAUGAACUGAGGCGUUUUACCUGUACAACCAACCAACACCCCCACCCCCCCACCCCCCAGUGUACUGUUGCUACUUUAUUACAUGAUACUUUCCAUCAGGGUAAGAUUUAGGAAGAACUAACUCUUCACUGCUUUCCAUUUCAUCUGUUUUUCUUUUAUCAAACUGUUUAUCCCACGGAUCAUUUCAGCACAUUGAAUACACAUUUUCUGUGAUUGUACCAAGCACUUGGAUGCAACUCCGUGUGUGCGCACGUGCGCGUGCGUGUUCGUUCAAUUCAAGGUAGCUGGAAUGAAAAAAACGGAAAUGGAUUCCUGCACAAAAUCUUCUCAGCACUCCAGUCAUCAUCAAUUAACACUGUUCUGAAAUAAAAAUUACUUACUUUCUGUCA